AUGGAUUUCGAUCCGUUAUCCUUGUUUACGCCGUCACCGAGUGUUGAGCCGGAAAUUGAAACCCACUACUAUGACCAAAAUCGAGAACCUCAAACUCAACUUGCUGAAAAUGACAAACAGGAACGUACGAAUGAAAACGAAUUAGACGGUGAUGAUGAUGGCCAUUUGCAGCCGCUCCAUAUUCUAGAUCUACCGAUGCUCCGGCUCAAUCCGCCCCACGAGGUGCUCACCACGAUAUUGAAACUCCUAUCACCAGACCAAGUCCUAAACUUCGAGCCCACCUCAAAUCAAGCCACAGAAACCAGAAACUUCAUCAAAGAAGAAGAGAUAUUCCAAUCGAAAAACAUCACCUCGUCCGAACUCACUCCAGCCCUCACAUGGCUCAACAUCCAUUGCCCCCGCUUAUCCACAUCAAAGUCAUUGUCGCAGAUCCCGCAACUCGCAUCACCACUCAAAUUGAACUUUUCCAACGAGUUCAACGCAUACCUAACCCGCAUCAUCUCCAACGACUUAUCAUGGAUCCCCAACAUGCACAAGCGAGAUGAAGUUCACACGUUAUCAAGCUUGCGAAUCAGUGAAAACUGCGGGCGCAUGGCGCAGCCGGAAAUAAUCCGCAAGAUCCAAAUACCACGAUUCAACCACGUGAUCCAUUUGAAGGAGCCCAGCUUGACGAAUGAUAAUUUGGGGUUGAAGACGUGGGGCAGCGCGCUUAUGCUCAGCGCGCGCCUAGUUCGCCAACCCCAUAUACUUCAAGGAAGUGUGCUUGAGUUGGGGUCGGGGACUGGUUUAGUUGGGAUAUGCUGCGGUUUGAUGGGGUAUGAAACUACGUUAUCGGACCUAGAUGCCAUUGUGCCAAAUUUGGAAUGCAAUGUGCGUGAUAAUGGCUUGACGGGGCGCAAUGCACGAUGUGUCGAGUUGGAUUGGAGUCGACCUGAGAGUUCGGUGAUAUACGGGGAGAAAUUUGAGACUUUGAUCUUGAGUGAUCCCAUCUAUUCUCGACUGCAUCCGUAUUGGGUUGUGCUGGUUAUUGAUUUGUAUUUGGGUGAUUCCGGGGUGGUGCUUAUUGAGAUUCCCUUGCGGCCCAGGUUUGAAAUUGAGAGGCAGACGUUGUGGGACUUGAUGCGGGACAAGUUUGUUGAGGUUGAAUGUGAAGUUGAGGAUGGGUUUGAUGAUUUCGGCGAAGCCAAGUUUUGCUUUAAGAAAUACACUAGACUUUCAAUGAUGUAA